AUGGCGGAAAAGGCUGGUGCUUAUGGCGCGAAGGCCGCUGCGACCGCAGACUUUCGAAGGAAGUGGGACAAGGAAGAGUAUGCAGAGAAGGCUAAGAAACGGGAUCAAGAAGAGAAAGAGCGGAUGCAGGAGAAUGAGGAACGAGCGAAGUCCGGAAAGCGUCCGCGGAAAGGAGUUAAGAAGGAUCUCCCGAAGCCAACUGAGCUGAUGAAGCAGAGAGAAGCACCUCUGGAGCUGGACAAGAAUCUCGGGAAGACGAUGGUCGUGCAGAAUGCUAGCGGAAGGGGUCCCGGUGUUCCUGGUUUCUACUGCGAAGCUUGUAACCGCACUUAUAAGGACAGCUCAGCAUACUUGGAUCACAUUAACGGCAGAGCACACCUGAGAGCACUGGGGCAGACAACACGUAUAUCGCGCUCGACCGUCGAGCAAGUGCGGGCUCGAAUAGCAUACUUGCGAGAGAAGACGAAAGAGGCGUCAAAUGCAAAGACAUUUGACUUCGAGCAACGGUUGGCCCAAGUGCGCGAAAAGGAAGCGGCAAUACGGGCGGAGAAGAAGGCACAGAAGAAAGCAGAAAAAGAGAAAGCCCGUGUCGAACUCGCCCAGGAAGCCACAGUAGACGAUGACAUGAUGAAGAUGAUGGGAUUUGGCGGGUUCGGAACCACGAAGAAAUGA